UUAAGGGCUGUUGUUAAACAGUUUCUUACCGUAAGAGGGAGUUCAGACCUAGAUCUUUCCAGUUAAUCACACAACAAACUUAGCUCAUCGUAAUAAAAAGCAGCUCAGCUCGGUGCAGGCUGGCUCCUUUAGUAACAGCCUCUGCACAGGAUCCUUUCAAGCAGGCAUCUCCUUCUGUGUGAUCUGCCAGCAAGACCAACACCAUGUGGGUGACCCAACUUCUGCCAAUAUUGGUGCUGCAUCAGGUUCUUCAACAUCUCCUCCUUCUUCCCAUCACCAUUUCCUUUGCAGAAGUGUGUUGGCUAGUAGAGGGAGACCAAGAGGGAAUUACAAAUUUGCCAUGGAUAAUUCAUGAAGUGGAUGUCUGAGAGUUGAAACUACUUUGCUUAGGAGAGGCCCAGAGGAAAAGAAACACCCUACACGAAUUCAAAAAGUCAGCAAAGACAACCCUGAUCAGACUAGACUCAUCGCUGAAUAUCAAAACCAAAAGGCUGAACACAACAGACAAAUGUGCUAAGAGAUGUAUUAGGAAUAAGGGCCUUCCAUUUACUUGCAAAGACUUCGAAGUCCCAGUGACAAGACAAAAAACCAAGACAGCUGGUGAUGGCUCGGGAUGCAGUGGAUGACCUUGACUUCUUCGAUGUCUAACCGAGCUCUAAGCACUCCAUAGCACCUGCUCCCACUGCCUUUAUGGCCUUGGAAUAAAUUGUUCUCAUCUGUCCCUUCUCCUGGAGGAAGUCUUCACAUGCCUGGGGGCCUUUGCUUUUGACAAAGCAAAAAAACGAUGUCAUUGGUUCCCUUUCAAUAGUAUGUCAAAUGGAGUGAGAAAGAAGCAUGACCAUGAAUUUGAUCUCUAUGAAAACAAAGACUACAUUAGAAACUGUAUCAUUGGGAAAGGGGGAAGCUACAAGGGGACUAUAUCUAUUACUAAAAGUGGUAUCAAAUGCCAGCCAUGGAAUUCGAUGAUACCACAUGAACACGGCUUUUUGCCUUCGAGCUAUCGGGGUAAAGACCUACAGGAAAAUUACUGUCGAAAUCCACGAGGGGAAGAAGGGGGACCUUGGUGCUUCACAAGCAAUCCAGAGGUACGCCAUGAAGUCUGUGACAUUCCUCAGUGUUCAGAAGUGGAAUGUAUGACCUGUAAUGGGGAAAGUUACCGAGGUCCCAUGGAUCAUACUGAAUCAGGCAAGAUAUGUCAGCGCUGGGAUCAUCAGACACCACACCGACACAAAUUCUUGCCAGAGAGAUAUCCUGACAAGGGCUUUGAUGAUAAUUAUUGCCGCAAUCCUGAUGGCAAGCCGAGGCCGUGGUGCUAUACUCUUGACCCUGACACCCCUUGGGAGUACUGUGCAAUUAAAACAUGUGCUCAUAGCACUAUGAAUAACAGUGAGAUUCCUAUGGAAACAACCCAUUGUAUCAGAGGUCAAGGAGAAGGUUAUCGAGGUACUGUGAACACAAUAUGGAAUGGAAUUCCAUGCCAGCGCUGGGACUCUCAGUAUCCCCAUCAGCAUGACAUAACUCCUGAGAACUUCAAAUGCAAAGAUCUAAGAGAAAAUUACUGUCGAAAUCCAGAUGGGGCUGAAUCACCCUGGUGUUUUACAACAGAUCCAAAUAUUCGGAUUGGCUAUUGUUCCCAGAUUCCAAAGUGUGAUGUUUCAAGUCAACAAGACUGUUACCGUGGGAAUGGCAAGAAUUAUAUGGGAAAUUUAUCCAGGACAAGAUUUGGGCUGACUUGUUCCAUGUGGGACAAAAAUAUGGAAGAUUUACACAGGCAUACUUUCUGGGAACCAGAUGCUAGUAAGCUGAAUAAGAAUUACUGCCGUAAUCCAGAUGAUGAUGCCCAUGGGCCCUGGUGUUACACAGGCAAUCCUCUUGUUCCUUGGGAUUACUGCCCAAUCUCUCGCUGUGAAGGGGAUACCACACCUACAAUAGUCAAUUUAGAUCAUCCUGUCAUUUCUUGUGCAAAAACAAAACAGUUACGAGUAGUAAAUGGAAUCCCAACACAAACAAAUGUGGGAUGGAUGGUUAGUUUGAAAUACAGAAAUAAGCAUAUAUGUGGAGGCUCAUUGAUAAAAGAAAGCUGGAUUUUAACUGCAAGACAAUGUUUUCCUUCUCGUACUAAAGAUCUGAAAGACUAUGAAGCUUGGCUUGGAAUUCAUGAUGUCCAUGGAAGGGGAGAAGAGAAACACACACAAGUUCUAAAUAUCUCUCAAUUAGUAUAUGGACCUGAAGGAUCAGAUCUGGUUCUACUAAAACUUGCAAGACCUGCAGUACUGGAUGACUUUGUUAGUACAAUAGAUUUACCUAAUUAUGGCUGCACAAUUCCUGAAAAGACAACUUGUAGUGUAUAUGGAUGGGGAUACACUGGAUUAAUAAACUUCGAUGGUCUCCUUCGUGUGGCACACUUGUUUAUCAUGGGGAAUGAGAAAUGUAGUCAAUACCACCAAGGGAAGAUCACUCUGAAUGAGUCUGAAAUCUGUGCUGGGACUGAAAAAAUAGGAACAGGACCUUGUGAGGGAGAUUAUGGUGGUCCAUUGGUUUGUGAGCAACAUAAAAUGAGAAUGGUUAUUGGCGUCAUCGUACCAGGCCGUGGCUGUGCCAUUCCGAACCGCCCUGGGAUUUUUGUUCGAGUAGCUUAUUAUGCCAAGUGGAUUCACAAAAUCAUAUUGACAUAUAAAGUACCUCAGUCAUAGCUGAAAUAAGUGUGGCUAGACACUCCACCACUAUAGCUCCCUUUACAGAGCGCAUGAAACUAAAAUGUCACAUAAAAAUCCUAAAAAAAUACUUGAUUGUCAAGUUUCUUAAGAUACUCAUUGGUAUUUAUGAGUGUUUUCUGUCAUUCUGUCUGUCAGUGUUAUUUUGUAAAUGUUGAAGUGAAUUAAGAUAUAUGCAAGUAUAGUAACAUAUCUCCUGAAGAUACUUGAAUAGGUAAAAAAAAUUGCAAAGUUAUUGCUAGAUGAUAAAAGAUUUUUAAGGAAAUAGAUCAGUUAAAUCCCCUAUGCCACUUUCCAAGUUUAAUACCUUAAUAAUAAAUGACAAUUAAAAAUCUGUCAAAAUCAUCACCAUUACAUAGUAACCUCUGUCUUUAAUAUGGCCCUUUAAAUUACAUUCCAUUAUGUCACUUAAGCUAACCAUUCUCAUUUUUUUCCCAUUUCAUACUCUUUACCAGUCUUAUGUGGGCACACACAAAUGGUCGGGGCAUAUGGUUCAUGGUCAUGACCAUUUUGGAACUAUGUAAUUCUGGUCAGGCCAUAUAGCUAUUUCUGAAGGCUAGAGAAGAUGAAAUACAGAAGAGUGCCAGAAAUUUUUUUAAAAAGCACCUGAUUUUUGUUUAAAUAAUGCAGUAUGCUGGCACCACUAAAAGUUGACUGGUAAUCCAGGGACCAUAACCUCUUUAACAUUAAGAAGCUCUAGUCUCAGUAUUGGCAACUCUUAGCAUAUUUGGUGCUGUGUUGAUGGUUUUUGUUCUCUUUUGCAGAAGGAGGGUAGAAUGAACAUCCAUAUAAUCUUUCCCUACUCAGUUUAACACCAUUUAUUUAUAUAAGUUACUCAAAACUCUUUACCUAAAGAAUACUUUAGAUUCUCUGUAGGUUAUUAACUAAGAAGAAAAAGUUUAUUUCUUCACUAAAAAGAUCUAACUAAAUUAUUAUUUUUUCUAUAUUUAAACAAUAAAGCAAGUUAAUCCUAGAAAUUUAUAGUGCUAGAUAGGGACCAAUAAUAUCUUGUUACUGAAAAAAAUUGAUUAGUACUGAAAAUAUUAUUUUAAUCAUGUAGAUAUCUCAGUUUUAUAAGUAGCCCCUCAAUCUAGACUUAUUGAAAUUGGAUGGAAAAUACCUCUUCUGAUCCAAUAUUCUCUCAGAGAUAAAGCCAUAGAUUUGGAGGCAGAAGACCUUAGUAGUUUAAAUUCUGUUUCUGCCUCUUAUAAAAUAUAUGUUAAUGGAAAGCCUCUUAAUGUCUCUUCGGGCCCUAGUGCCUAGUCUAUAAAAUAAAAGAAA